CUUUCGAGAUCCCACUCCCCACAUACUCUCGUCUACUACAGGGACGCACUAGAUCGACAACGGGACGAGCAGAUGACAUGGCAGCCUUACACAGCGGCUAAGAUGGAAGCUUUACCGCACAUAUGUACAUCGGGCCACGAGAUUUGGAGAUCGCGUUGUCCUCUUAUUUGCUUUGACAUCGUCGAGCUACAUCUACCGGAUCGUGUCAUGCGUCAAUUCGGUUUGGAGCAAGUAAUCCCGCAAGCCUGUGACACCCAACCUCAACUACAUGCGAUCGAUCGGAGGACUGGGGACAAGAACUACCUCGUACGACAUAGAUCGCAUGUAGAUGCGUGGAACGACCGAGCAUCUACAUUGGUUGGAGGAGAUAACUUCACAGGUCAUAGCUCUGCUAUGUACAUGAGUUGGUACAGGCGCAUCUCGAUAUUACGCCUAACGAACACUGCAUUUGCGCAGCCAGGAUCACAUUACCAUCCGACAUCUACGUUUCUGCUGAGCGCAUCCGAUAGGUGCUCAUACAAUGUAAUGACACGAUUCAAGGGGCCGCUACAUCGCCAGUUGACGUGGGGUAUCGGCUAUGUUCUCAGACCUUAGGCUCCAUUAACGCGUCGUUGACCGAUGCAUUGAGUCAGGCGGGUUAUGAGUACCUCAUACCGACUCCACCCGUCAUUGACGAGGUAGAUGACGCAUUCCACACUCCUUCUCCAAGGAGUUCAGCCCAUCGAGGUAGCUCUUCCGGAGGAUCCAGUUCUCGGUCCACAAGAGGCCACCAGCGUUCAUCUACUCGAGGUCGGUCUUCCAGAUCGCCAUCAACAUCCGCUACUAUGUCGCCGUUCGUUCCCCCGUCUUCCAUCAACACUCCUCCUCCACAUCCAUCGCCUCCGCAAAGGAUUAUCACAUAUCAGCGUGCUAGUCAACGACGAGUUCCUGCUCUUAAUGUCAUUGCGGAGGUUGACGAGUUCACACCAUCAUCAUCCACCGGUGCGCAAAACAAAAGGGGCCGGGGGUUGUAGUUUAACAAACUUUGUAUAUUCUUAUAUGACUUGAACUUCUUGUAUGAGUUUCCAUAAUUGUAAUAUAUCUUUGUAUUAUUUUCAUAUUUAUUUUUUAUAGAACA